AUGGCCGCCUGCCUGUUGCGGGUAGCGCAGAAGGCCCUCCGCGGCUUGCGCGCGCAGCAGACACCACCUUGGCCGGGAAUCAGGCUGCGCUUCGCCAACCGGCACCUGUGGCACGGCAUCCUCAUUCAAACUACGAAUGCUGUGGCGAAGGGGCGGGGAUCGGCAGCUAAAAACUCCUUAGAAAGAGGACUUCGCACGCUGGAGUCCGGAACAAAACAAGAAGAGCCUGAAAAAUCGAGCAAAGUGAGUCUUUGCCUUUGUGGGCGGGUAAAGCCAACAUUCGGAUGGGCAGAAGAUGUGAAGCCGUCCUGUUGCAGCCAAUGCAAGGCAGAAGGGAUGGUGAAGCUUCGGGGUCCCAAGUGCAGAUAUGGCCGUGCAUGGCCAGUGUUCGGGAUGCCUGGUGAUGAGCGACCGACUUGUUGCAGCAAGUGUAAAGCCGACGGCAUGGUGGAUAUCAAAAACCGAAAGUGCCAGUGCGGAAAAGCCCGGCCGUAUUUUGGUUUUCCCAACGAUGCUCGUGCCACCUGCUGCAGUAAAUGCAAGCAUCAUGGCAUGAUGGACAUCAAGAAUCUCAGGUGCAGAUGCAGUAAAGCUCGGCCUUCGUUUGGAUUUGCAGAUGAUGUGCGACCUACUUGCUGCAAGCAGUGCAAGGCAGCUGAGAUGGUGGACAUCAGAAGUCCCAGAUGCAAGAUGUGCAAGAAGCAGGCGCGCUAUCCAGAUGAAGCUGGUCGGCCAAAGCAACUUUGCGCGGUUCAUUCAGCUGAAGUGGGAGCUCACGUGCUGUCCUCGCCCCGUCGAUCCCGGACGGCCAGUGAGUGCUUUGAUGCUUUGGAGGCCGAGUGGGGCCACAAGCCCUUCCGCUACAGAUUUGACAUCAAGACGGGCACCUGGUCCGGUGAGGAGGUUGCAGGGCUGGUGCCAAGUCGAAACCUGCAGCCAGACGCCUACGACCCAGAGGCCCGCAAAAUAUUCGAGUUUCUGGGGAAUUACUUCCACGGAUUCCCUCCGCACCAUCCACAGCAAUUCAGCUGA